AUGCCUAACGAUAAAGAAACUUUUCCCACGCCAGGUUCUACCGAUGACGCGAAAUCUGCUGUCAGCAACGAAAAAACUUCCAAGCUCGUUCCAGCCUUAGAUCCUCCUACAAUCGAAACCAUUGCAAACUUGAUCAAAAAUGGAAAAGUUAAUAAGGUUAUUGUGAUGGCAGGCGCAGGAAUCUCUACAGCAGCUGGUAUACCGGAUUUUAGAACACCUGGUACAGGCAUCUAUGAUAAUUUAGGAAAAUAUAAUUUACCAUAUCCAGAAGCAAUUUUUGAUAUAAAUUAUUUUGAGCCUACUUUAGCUCAUUAUUUCAUAUUUCUGUUACAUAGACGUAAUCUUCUUUUAAGAUGUUUUACUCAAAAUAUUGACACACUUGAAAGACUUACUGAUUUACCACCUGAUUUGAUUGUUGAAGCUCACGGAUCAUUUGCAGAAUCAAAAUGUUUAAAUUGCAAAACAUUAGCAGAUUCUGAGUGGAUGAGAAGUAUAGUUGUUGAUAAAGGCGAGAUACCUGGUUGUGUUAAGUGUAACGGUGGAUUAGUUAAACCAUGUAUAACCUUUUUUGGAGAAAUGUUACCUCGUAGUUUUUUUGAAAGAUUAUCAGAUUUUAAAAAAUGUGAUCUUUUAAUCGUUAUUGGAACUUCUUUACAAGUUCAACCUUUUGCUAGUUUAAUCGACGAUGUUAAAGAUACAAUUCCAAGAUUAUUAAUCAACCUAGAGAAAGUCGGUGAGACAUAUAUGCCAGGAUUUGGGUUUGACUUUGAAGGAGAGGAUAGAAGAGAUGUUUUCUUACAAAGCACAUGUGAUGAAGGUGUUAAAAAAUUAGCAAAAUUAUGUGGUUGGGAGGAUGAAUUGCAACAACUUUAUACAGAAGGACACAAAGCAUUAAAAGAAAAAUAUGGUGUUAAGACGAUAACUUCACUUGUUGAUAAAGAUUUAGAAGAAUUAGUUGAAGAUUUUGAAAAGAUUUCUAUAAAAAAGACUUCUACAAUCGCAGAAACAAAAUCAAUAACUAUUGAACAAAAUAAAGAUUUAAAAAAGGACAAAGACGAGAAGAAUGAGGCAGUGAAAGAAAAGGACGAAAAGAAUUGA